CGGGCCUUGUCGGGCUGAGGCAGUGCAGCCAUGGCGGCCGUUGACAUCCGAGAUAACCUGCUGGGAAUUUCCUGGGUGGACAGCUCCUGGAUCCCCAUACUGAACAGCGGGAGCGUACUGGACUACUUUUCGGAACGAAGCAACCCUUUCUACGAUCGGAUGUGUAACAACGAAGUGGUCAAAAUGCAGAGGCUCACCUUAGAGCAUCUGAACCAGAUGGUUGGAGUGGAGUACAUCCUUUUGCAUGCUCAGGAACCCAUUCUUUUCAUCAUCCGGAAGCAGCAACGACAGUCCUCCUCUCAAGUCAUCCCCCUGGCCGAUUACUACAUCAUAGCAGGGGUGAUCUAUCAGGCGCCCGACCUGGGUUCCGUCAUCAAUUCAAGAGUGCUCACGGCCGUGCACGGGAUCCAGUCGGCUUUCGACGAGGCGAUGUCGUACUGCCGUUACCACCCUUCCAAAGGCUACUGGUGGCACUUCAGAGAUCAGGAAGAGCAAGCAAAAGUUGGGAGAAAAGCCCGUCCCAGUGGAACAGACCAAGAAGGAGCCGGAACCCGCGCCCGAAACGCUGAAAGCCGAGGAGAAGGAGACCCCCAAAAACGCCCAGCAGACGGCAGGCCCCAAAGGACCCCCGGAGAAAAGGCUGCGGCUGCAGUGAGGCCGGAUGGGUGGAUCGCCUCUCCGGGAGGGCCCGCCGGAGGCCCAGAGACCCUCCACCCCUCCAUAAUGUCUCCAUGAGGAAUCGGAGCGGGAAACACUCAGAACUGGGACCGCUGCAGGGAGGAAAAGGACCCUUUUCCAUUCCACCUCCCCAUCCCGUUUUACCCCCCCGGGACUGUCCCAGGAAACUGCCGGGGCGGAUGGGGGGGUGUGAGUGUCUGGGUUUGG